AUGGAGCGCCUGCCGCCGUCGAUGCGCAAGCGGCUCUACAGCCUGCCCCAGCAGAUGGGCCCCAAGGCGUCGAUCAUGGACGAGGAGGAAGAGGAGGGCGGCGGCGGCGAAGGCCGGGACGCGCGCCGCAAAAGCAUCAAGCUCAAGCCCUUGGCCUUGGCCUCGCCCUCGGGGGGCGCCCCGGGCUUGGGGGCGGCAGCGGCGGCGGCCGAGGCGUCCAGGCCGGGGGGCUGCGGCGGCCGGGAGGUGACGGCGGAGAGCGCCGAGGGGGCGGCCGGGGCCGGCUGCCGGGCCAAGUCGAGCACCAACGGCGACUGCCGGCGCUUCAAGGGGAGCCUCUCGUCGCUGGCCGGCCGCCACUCGCAGCACGACGCCGCGGAGGAGCGCCGCCUGAUCGGCAGCGAAGGGGACGCCGCGUCGCCCGGCGAGGAAGGCAGCCCGACAACGCCGACGCCGCCCUCGGGCCUCCUGGACGCGGCCGAGCCGGAGCCGCCCGCCGACGCCCAGCCCCAAGCCUCGGCCUCGGCCUCCAUCAAGGUGGAAGCGGGCGAAGGAGGCGGCGGAGGGGGCGACCAGAUCUCCCCCGACGAGGAGCUGCGCCUGGGCCAGGCCGGCUUCAUGCAGCGCCAGUUCGGGGCCAUGCUCCAGCCCGGGGUCAACAAGUUCUCCUUGAGGAUGUUCGGCAGCCAGAAGGCCGUGGAGAGGGAGCAGGAGAGGGUCAAGUCCGCUGGCUUUUGGAUCAUCCACCCGUACAGCGAUUUCAGGUUUUACUGGGACUUGACGAUGCUGCUCCUGAUGGUUGGGAACCUCAUAAUCAUCCCCGUGGGCAUUACCUUUUUCAAGGACGAGAACACCACCCCGUGGAUCGUUUUCAACGUGGUCUCGGACACGUUCUUCCUCAUCGACCUGGUCCUCAACUUCCGCACGGGGAUCGUGGUGGAGGACAACACGGAAAUCAUCCUCGACCCGCAGAGAAUCAAGAUGAAGUACCUCAAGAGCUGGUUCGUGGUGGAUUUUAUCUCCUCCAUCCCGGUAGACUACAUUUUCCUGAUCGUGGAGACCCGCAUUGAUUCGGAGGUUUACAAGACGGCCCGCGCCCUGCGGAUCGUGCGCUUCACCAAAAUCCUCAGCCUUCUGCGUCUUCUAAGGCUCUCCAGGCUCAUUCGCUACAUCCACCAGUGGGAAGAGAUCUUCCACAUGACCUACGACCUGGCCAGCGCCGUGGUGCGGAUCGUCAACCUGAUUGGCAUGAUGCUGCUGUUGUGCCACUGGGACGGCUGCCUCCAGUUCCUGGUGCCCAUGCUCCAAGACUUCCCCGACGACUGCUGGGUCUCACUGAACCGCAUGGUGAACGACUCCUGGGGGAAGCAGUAUUCCUAUGCCCUGUUCAAGGCCAUGAGUCACAUGCUGUGCAUCGGCUAUGGGCAGCAGGCCCCGGUGGGCAUGUCCGACGUGUGGCUCACCAUGCUGAGCAUGAUUGUCGGCGCUACCUGCUAUGCCAUGUUCAUCGGUCACGCCACGGCCCUCAUCCAGUCUUUGGAUUCCUCGCGCCGGCAGUACCAGGAAAAGUACAAGCAAGUGGAGCAGUACAUGUCCUUCCACAAGCUCCCGGCUGAGAUGCGCCAGCGGAUCCACGACUACUAUGAACACCGCUAUCAGGGCAAGAUGUUCGACGAGGAGAGCAUCCUGGGAGAACUGAGUGAGCCCCUGAGGGAGGAGAUCAUCAACUUCAACUGCCGGAAGCUCGUGGCCUCCAUGCCUCUGUUUGCCAACGCGGAUCCGAAUUUCGUCACAUCCAUGCUCACCAAGCUGCGUUUCGAGGUUUUCCAGCCUGCCGACUACAUCAUCCGGGAAGGCACCAUUGGAAAGAAGAUGUAUUUCAUCCAGCACGGGGUGGUGAGCGUGCUCACCAAAGGCAACAAGGAGACGAAGCUGGCCGACGGGUCCUACUUUGGAGAAAUCUGCCUGUUGACCCGUGGCCGGCGCACAGCGAGCGUGCGAGCCGACACUUACUGCCGCCUCUACUCCCUCUCGGUGGACAACUUUAAUGAGGUGCUGGAGGAGUAUCCCAUGAUGAGGAGGGCUUUUGAAACAGUGGCGCUGGAUAGGCUCGACAGGAUCGGUAAGAAGAACUCCAUCCUCCUCCAUAAAGUCCAGCAUGACCUCAACUCCGGAGUCUUCAACUACCAGGAGAACGAGAUCAUCCAGCAGAUUGUGCAGCACGACAGAGAGAUGGCCCACUGUGCGCACAAUGUCCAAGCGGCAGCCGCAGCGGCAGCCGCUGCCUCCUCACCCACGCCUGUUAUCUGGACGCCUCUCAUCCAGGCCCCGCUGCAAGCGGCCGCUGCCACCACCUCAGUAGCAAUAGCCCUCACUCACCACCCUCGCCUUCCGACUGCCAUCUUCCGUCCUCCGGUAUCCGUCCUGGGUUCUUUGGGGCAGCAAUCGAACCAGACUCCCAGGCAGCUGAAACGGCUCCAUUCCUUGGUGUCGUCAGCGGGACCUUCCGUCGUGGGCUCCCCUUCCAGCACGCCAUCCCAGCAGCACACGCCGGGAGCAGAAGCUCUCUCAUCCUCCUCCUUCCAGAUCCAGCAGCUGGCGGGCUUCACGGCCUCGGCUGGCUUGGGCCAGUUCUACCGGGCCUCGGCUGGCUCUUCUGCUGGCUCAAGCCACCAAGCCUUGGGCAGCCUGUUGUCCGCGGGACUGAACCCUCAAGAGCAGGGAGGGCCUUCCGAUGCCCUGGAAGAGACCGCUCCGCAGCAGGAUUCCGAGUCCGAGAGCAACCUGCUCAGCGGCUUUGGCCCCUUCCAGAAAGCCCCCGAAAGCUCGCCACCCAACGCCUUCGCCCAGCUGUCCUCAAAUUCGCCCGGCAGCCCCCUCGGCCACCUGAAGCCCGCUUGCAGGUCACUCCAGGCGGGGCAGUCGCAGCAGCUCUCAGGAACUGGAGCACUGGGAGAGAUGAACUCCUUCCCGUUGCCUUCCUCGUCCAGCUCUCCAUCCUCUAGCUUAAGCCAGCUGGCACAGGGAACUGGAGGCUCCCCUUCAAGCUUGUGUCAGACUCCCCCGCCAAGUGCAUUAGGACCUUCCGCUGCGCCUGCCGCGCAGAUGCACCGUGAAAGGUCACCCUUUGCCUCUUUGUCUCCAUUGAAACAGCCUGGCGUUGCCCCUUCUUUUUACCUGCCUUCAGGCCUUAGUUCCCCUAGUCAAAGCCCCGCGGCAGCAGCCAGGACUUUCCAGUGCAGCCCUUCCAGGGCACUGGGCUCUCAUGGAUCUCUGCUGCUGCCUCAGACCUCCAGCCCCCCUCCACCGGUCCUUCCGCCCCGGAGCAUGCCCCCGCUUCCCCCCGGACGAUUGACCCAGGACCUCAAGUUGAUUUCUGCUUCCCAGCCAUCUUUGCCCCAAGAAGCGGCUCAGACUUCAGGCCAAGGCUCUCCUCAUUCCUCCAGGGAGUCUGUUUCUAGCUUCUCCUCCUUCUCUGGAGGAGGAGGAGGAGGGACAAGGCCUCUAGGGAAGCCAUAUAGCUUUGUGCCAGGGAGAGUGACUCUACCGCGCCACAUGUCCUCAGGUUCUCUGCCUCAGCCGCCUGCACCGGAGGGCAGUACCGCCAUUUCUCCGUCUCUGACUGCUGCCGAAGGGAGGAAGGGGUCUAUAGGGCUCACGGGAGAUCGAGAACCCAUCCGAUCGAAACUGCCCUCCAAUUUGUGAGAUGCUCCCCCACCCGUCCCUGCUGCCUUGAGGAGCUGUUUCUUUCAUUUGUGCUUUUCAGAUCCCCUCCCAUAGACUUUUACACAUGAAGUCAUUUCCCUUCCUUUCUUUUUCCUUGAGUUCUAACUAUAAUUAGAGGUUUUGUUUUUCAAAAAAAUAUAAAAAAAACAAAAAAAGAGAA